CAAAAAAAAUAACAAAAAGUGAUGUCGGCCUUCACUUACCAGCCUUCUGCUCUGAAACCUCUGACCCUGCAGACAGGUGGACGAGGGAAAAUACAAACCACAAUCUCCAUUUCCUUCUGAGUUCACAAGCCACAAAACAUCCAUAUGUGAAUGUCCAAGACUGAAACCAUACUCUGCUGGAUUAUCUGGGCUGUGGAGAGCGGAGGGAAGACGUAGCCCCCAGAGUUGUUUUUUUUUAUCAGGGCUUCAGAUGAGGAGAGAAGUGAGUGAUGAACACAGAUAGAGGGCUGAGAUGACAGCUGUUUGACGGAGGGACGGCAGGAGGAGGUGCUUACGAGAAUCAUCCAACGUCAAAGACGAGAGGAUGCAACACGCCAGAGGAACACACAGCAAGACGUCCAUAUGCUGAGAAUGAGUGAAACUCCAAUAGAGCUUGAGCCUAAGCUAUCAAUCCAGCCACCCACACAGCCAGAGGUUGAGAGGGGGCUCCAGCCCCCGGCUCUGUUUCAGCUGCCACCCCCCACCCAGGAUCCCCCUGAGACCCAGCACCAAACCCAGAUCCAUCCUGAGAUACAGCUGUCAGAGUCCGGCCCCGAGCACCGGCCCCAGGCAGUGUCACUGUGGGUGAAACAUCGAAGGCUGCUCCUCCUCUUGUGGGGAUUUUCCUUAUCUGCUGCCUUGUUGGGAUUAAUGUACUAUAUCCACCAGAAUCGAAAUCGGAGCAGUGAUCAGCCAGGCACUGUGACUCCAUGUCUCUCCCCGGCCUGUCAGUGGGCCUCGGCCCGACUGUCCACGUCCGCUGAUCCUUUCAAGGAGCCGUGCGACUACUUCUUGUUCACAUGUGGAUCUGACAGACUCACGCAAGACAGUCGGGGGAGACAUAGAGGACAGGGAAUUCCUGGACAUCCACAGAACCAGAAUGGGAAGUCGGCGCGGCCAGAGAGAAAAGGGGAAAGGUCACUGAGAGAGGAGAAGGUGAUGGACAGGAAAACGAUGCUGCUGCAGUAUCUCAGGGAGAUUCUGGAAUCGAAUGACAGAGUCAGCAGUUCAGCUGUGCAGAAGACCAAAAGGUUCUUCCAUUCCUGUUUGGACACAAGAUCUAUAGAGACUGCUGGCGUGGAGCCCUUCCUCACACUCAUCCACAAACUGGGAGGUUGGGCCGUAUCAGGCCAGUGGAAUAAGACAGACUUCAACUCCACCCUGAGCUUGCUGAUGAGAGACUACGCCACCUUUCCAUUCUUCAACCUCUACGUGGGCAGGGACCCUAAAGAAAUGGCCCAUGGGCGGAACAAAAGAUACAUACAGAUCGAUCAGCCGGAUCUGCUGAUCCCGAUAGAAUGGAACAGCAAGAAACAGAAAUCUCGAGCUAAAGCUCAGACAUUACGUCCCUUCAUGGCCACAUGUCAGCGGUACCUGGCUCUGUUGGGGGCCCCUCCCAACAGCGACAUGAUGCAUGUGGGCAUGUUCAUGUCUCUCUCCUCUGAGCUCGCUGUGAAGGCGACGCCUCUGCAGUAUCGCCUCUCAAAAGGACAGCUGCACCAGCGCAUGUCCAUCAAAGAGCUGCAGAUUCAGGCGCCUGCCAUUGAUUGGUUGGGCUGCCUGCGGGCCGCUUUCCAUCCACUGCCCCUCAUCGAAGACGACCACGUCCUUCUGCACAACUUGCCCUACGUGGUGCACAUGUCCCCCAUCAUUGGGAAAUGGCUGAAUAAUUAUGAGCCGAGCAACAGCGCCCCCCUGCAAACCUACAUGGUCCUGAAUCUGCUGCACACACUGAUGCCUGCCAUGGACUCCAGAUUCUCUGAGAGGGUGAACAAUGUGUCUGUGGGUGACGUUGAUGGGACAGCUCCUCGCUGGAGACGCUGCGUGCUGGAGACAGAGCGAGGGUUUGACUCGGUCCUCACUCACCUCCUCAGUGAGAGGACGGCGCACAGAGAGGCAGAGGAGAUGAUUGAGAAUAUCUUUUCCUCCUUCAAGUCCAAAUUACAUGAACUCAAGGGGACGAAUCAGAAGUCUCUGCAGUCUGUUAUGACAAAGGUUCAAUCCUUGAUUCCAAGACUCUGGAUUACAAGUGAGAUGUCUGGAGAUGCUGAGCUUGACCGGCUUUUUUCUACGGUGUCGGUGAGCACUCACAGCUUCUUCUCCAACUAUGUCCAGCUUCUGUCCUUGUGGCAAAAGAGACGCAGAAGACUGUUGUCUGAUCCGAGCGAGCAGCCUGAUGUUCUGUCUGUCACACCACUUCUCCUGGGAUCUGAGCUCCUCUUUCCAUUGGGAAUGUUUGUUCCUCCGCUCUUCCAUCCAACCUACCCCAGAGCAAUGAAUUAUGGUGUUGUGGGUUUCCUUAUCGCCAAAGACAUCCUCCACAUGCUUCUGCCUGACAUUUACUCUCAGAGUGAGACGGUGCACGCUGUGGGGGAAUGUGUGUGGACUCACUAUCUCACUGUGACAGAAAAGGCGAGCAGAGGUGGAGCCUUUCCUCUGUCCUCAGUGCAGCGGCAGGAGGUGUGGGUGCAGUACUCUGCACUGCAGAUAGCGUUGCAGGCUUAUCACCAGAGUUUACAGAGACGGCCGGGGGACACGUCCAUCUCAGGUCUCUCACACACUCAUCUGUUCUUCUCAGCUUUCUCUCAGGUUAACUGUGACUUUGACCCCUACCAUGAGUUCAUGCCCCUGGAGCCCUCCUUCUUGAUUAAGGUCAUUUGUGCCAGAUCUCACCUGUGUCCCACAAGCCUUCAGUGUCCCAGGCAAACCCAGCAACACUCAUUACAAACCUGCUGAGGAUCUGUAGAGAUCCACCAUUACACUGUGGAUGUUGGUAAACAGUUGGCAGAAAGUUUAUCUGCAGAAAGAACAACCAAAGAAACACUUUCCCUGGCCUCAGUUGUUUUUAAGAUGUGUUCGUGUUUCCUGUUCAUUGCACAAGCUGUUUAGUUUUCAUUUAACCCUUGUAUGUUGUUCGGGUCUGUUGGACCCGUUAUCAAUGUUUGCUAAAAGAAAAAUGAUGCGAUAAAUAUUUUUUUCAACCUGAGACUCAUUGGCCUUGGCUCAUUUUCUGUGAUGAACAUAUAAAAGAACAUAUUUUCAGUGACUGUACACUGUUAACCCCCCCCCCUACACAUUUAUAUUAAAUAUGUGGUGUUCGGGUCCACUGGACCCAGGACUACGUAAAGUGUGAAGUUGUACAUUUCAAGCACCUCUGCUCCCACAUUCCUGCACAUUUUAUGUAAAAGUUCUCUGCCAGUUUCUGCAUCUCACAAGGAUUCUAUGGAUUCCCCUUUGGAUUUGAAAACUCCAGCAAGGAUAAUAACCCCAAAGUAUGCAUAUAAAUGGGUUUGGUCCAUCUCAUUCCAGCUUUCUACGAAAACACGCUGUCCCUCCAAACUAGUGCAGAAUGAUUUACGUAACGAAAGUUCGUAAGAAGGCUUGAUGCCUGCUCAUGAGUCACUGCUAUCCGUGUUGGCCCUGGUUGCAUCCUUAUUACAUUGGUAGCCAUAAGAUUUCAUAAUUUUUUGACAACCAUAUGUUGGUUGCUGAUGGCCCGGCUUGGAUUUGGGACUGGCUGCAGAUUAACUUUUUACUUAGCUGGCUGAUGGUCAAUCUCAUCCUCUUCUUCAAACUCACUCUGAAUUGAUAGAAACAGGAUCUUCAUAUUCUCUAAACUCUUCCCCUUCAUUGUCUUCCAAAGAUUUUCUCUCUUCAAAAAUCAUUUCUCAUGUAGACUGACAUGAGUGUGUUCAAUUUCUAAUUAAGUUCAAGAAAUCGACCUCAAUACUGAUGAAGAACCUUGUUUCAUAUUUGUUUUUUCCAAUCAUAUCUUGAUUGUAAUUGAUGUUUCUUUGUUUGAUUGCAUUUUAUCACAAAUAACGAAAAGCACCUUUAUUCAUAAAUGUGAUUUAACAGGGGUAAAUGAAAAAUAUUAACCAUAUAUGCUGUUUAUAUGGCUUGUAAUUGGGAUAAAGUUAACAUCUGUUAAGUAUUUUUACAUAUAUUGUUGUAGCUGUAUUGCUUGAAAGAUCGAAUAAUGCGGUGGGUCCACCAGACCUGUGAACAUUGGCUGAGUGACCAAAACACGAACACCACACAAUUUUUGUGCUCCAUCUUCAAUUCCAGUUUUACCUUGAAAUUGUGUUUAUUUGAAAUACAGCAAUGCCUAAUUUAAUAACCAAUGCGUAGGUACACUGAGUGGAACUAAUGCAGUCCCAUACAAAAUGCCAUAUAUUAUAUAAGAAGACAUUUUACUCCAAAAUUAUGGUGUGGUGGCAUUCCUUAUCACCAAAGACAUCCUCCACAUGCUUCUGCCUGACAGUAAGAGAGGAUCACAUUUGAUGUGUCAGUGUUACAUUCAUAGAAGUUAUUAUUUUAGACUUGAUUGUUGUCUCUCACACAGUCAUCUCUUCUUCUCAGCUUUCUCUCAGGUAACAAGUCUCUUUAAGGUCUUUAUCUUUCGUCCGCUCAGCUUCUGAUUUUCGGUCUUUUAUGUCGUUCUUUCCAGGUUAACUGUGACUUUGACCCCUACCAUGAGUUCAUGCCCCUGGAGCCCUCCUUCUUGAUUAAGGUCAUUUGUGCCAGAUCUCAGCUGUGUCCCACAAGCCUUCAGUGUCCCAGGCAAACCCAGCAACACUCAUUACAAACCUGCUGAGGAUCUGUAGAGAUCCACCAUUACACUGUGGAUGUUGGCAAACAGUUGGCAGAAAGUUUAUCUGCAGAAAGAACAACCAAAGAAACACUUUCCCUGGCCUCAGUUGUUUUUAAGAUGUGUUUGUGUUUCCUGUCCAUUGCACAAGCUGUUUAGUUUUCAUUUAACCCUUGUAUGUUGUUCGGGUCUGUUGGACCCGUUAUCAAUGUUUGCUAAAAGAAAAAUGAUGCGAUAAAUAUUUUUUUCAACCUGA